AUGAAGGCAGCGGGUCUGAUGAAUCCCCUUCCCUGCCUGGUCAUACGGGGCAUCUGUGAUUACUCAGAUUCUCACAAGAACACAGAAUGGCAAGGAUUCGCGGCAAUGACAGCAGCGAACGUGGUGAAAGCUCUUUUAGGGAAGUUGAAAGGCUAUAUGAAUCAUGCAAACAAGGUCAAAGCCAGCCUUCUACUCAGAUCUAUUUUGGUCCUGAAUAAUUUCGCUUUCCUCUUUGUGCUUCUUGACAAGGUUUGGCCUAGGUAG